UGCUAUUCUAUCCCUAACUAUACAUAUUCCACCCUUGACCCGUUGCAUUUCCCUCUCUGAUUGCAGUCGUCUAGAACGUGCACCAUUUCACAAAAUGCCGCUCUGCACGCUCCACCUUCUCGCUCUCCACCCAUCAACCCCUAAUCCGCUGCAAAACUUCCUCUCAACCCUCCAAUCCAGCAAUGUCUUCCCACUAGUUAUAUCCCGCGUUAUCCGAUGGAUUAUCCUCCCAGAAACUUUCUCCACCGAACACCUCCUCGCGAGAAACGUCCACUGGGACCUCCUUGUCAUCCUGCCUAGCACAUCUCCCCUCCCAAAACCCCUCCAAAACCUAAUCCAGCACCACUGGACCGUCACAGCUGGAAUACCCUCCCGUCUCCUCCAAGACUUCGCCGCAAAGAACAGGUCGUUACUACAUCCGGAUCCGGCCACAGUACCAAAACUAAGCGGCGCAUUGAAGAAACCGAAAACUACGGACUCAGCUCAGGACCUCGAGCUCUCCACUCCACUCUCCCACUGGAUCCGCGCCUUCCACUCUUCCCCUGAUAAUGCGCCCGAGGGCACCGGCGCCGUUUCCAUGCUCAACUUGCUCUCCUUCAAGCCCGACAUGAAGUCCUCCUACCUUGAGUACGGAAAAGCGUUCACCACAUCUAUUGGGAAGAACCGCGGCGGCAACGCGAAGCUCGUGGGUUCGGUUACGGAGGUGAAUGGUGUGAAGAAGGGGCAUGGCGAGGAGUGCUGGGAUGAGAUCGCGCUGGCACAUUAUCCUAGUAUCUUGCACUUCGCGGAUAUGUUAGCGAGUGAGGAUUACCAGAGAGUUAACCGGGAGUGCAGGAUGCCAGCGCUGAGGGAUACAUGUAUUUUGAUGACGAGUGAGGUGGGGGUGGAGGAGAUCAUGGGAGGUGGAAAGACCAAGGGGAAAUUGUGAACGUGGUCUCAUAAGGAUUGCGAGCUUAGUGUUUGUUUAGGCACGUUCGGGAAGUCUCAGAGGAUCAAGUAGAGAUUUCUAG